GGUAUACAAGUAACGGCAGCAAGUGCUCGCUUCAGCUUGCGCAGUACCUCCGCCAUGGGCCACAAGAGCUACGUGAACCCCACGCUGGACGACGACGACGUCGGCAACGGGCAUCGUCCCGUGCGCCGCAAGGGCAGCGACAUGCCCGAGGACCAGAUGAAUGAACGGUCCCCGUUGACGGGCCAUCACGAUCGAAAGAAGGAUCGUCCGUUGCCAUGGGCCAAGGAUCCAACAUUUCGGCGAGCUCUGAUGGCGGUCGUGAUGGGCAUGACAGUGCUGUUACUUGUGUUCGGCGUCAUUCAGAGCCACGACGACAAGAGUUUAACGACAACGCCACCGGAACAACUCGAUGUCAUGGACGGAAUCCCGGAUGCCAAGGAAGACGGGACAGCCGAGCGUGGUGGUGCCUUGCCCCUGAUUGGCACCCCGUUCCUUCCAGCCGACGUCGACCCCGCACUGUCGUUGACGCAGUUGCUGGCAUUGUGGAAGCUGCCAGAAGAUGCCGUCACGUUGAUGACUUAUCGCGAGUGGGUCGAAUUGCACGAGUACUUGACUGCAGCUGCUGCUCGAUUUGAAGCCGUGCACGGCAGCGUUCUGGAGAAUGCCCAUCCAAGUGAUCGUCUGGACCAGUCCAACCUGCCCAUAAACAACGCAGCGACCAACCUGGCUUUGUUUCAUCGCAUCCUCGGUGAAAUUCGUGUCAAGCUCGACGACAUGCAAGCGCAUGUGGCCACGAACGAAGCAUCCGGUGCGCACGCUGCAACCGACAGCGCUCUGAGCGUCCUGGACAGUGCGGUUCCCCUUGCUCAAACGCCAAUGUCUGCUAUACCGAUGACGUCAACCACUGCGGUACCCCCAACAACAACGAUUGCCACACCGCAACCGACGACAAGUGCCCCCACCACCACGACAAGUGCCUCCAUCACCACGACAAGUGCCACCAUCACCACGACAAGUGCCCCCAUUGCGACAACCCCUCCUGCUACACCCACGACCAGCAUUUCCCCUGCAACACGGGCACCAAUUACGCUACCAAUGGCACCCUCGUCCGAGCCAGCUCCAACUGACGCCCCUCCUGCUGCUGUCCUCGGCUACCAAAAGGGCCUCUCGCUGUGGCUACAAGCGGAUCAAGGAGUCGAGUUCGCAGGUCCUUGUCCGCCAGACAGCUCCCAAUGCUAUGUCAAGCAAUGGAAGAAUUCGGCUGGGGCGGCGUCGUUUUACCCAGCCAAUUUAGCAAACCCGACGACGUUCCCCGUGUGGCUGCCGCGAAUCCGCAACGGCCUCCCGACGCUGCAUUUGACGUGUCCUAUGGUGUACUCGAACGGCGUCCUGCUGCGCGAUGGCAUGACUCUGUUCUUUGUCCUGUCACCUGCCCACCUAACGGACGACCCGAAUGACGCCAAGCUCCAAAAGUUUUUUGGCCAUGCUCCGUACGGCCAACUGCGAUUCCAAGCGCGGAAAGCAGCAUAUUUCGGACCAUCCGCUGUCGUCGCCGAGGACAACGACGGCAUCGCCCAAGGCGAGUUUGCUGUGGUCGCGUACCGGUUGGACAAGGGCGUGUCGAUUCAAGUCAACGGCCAAGGGUUUCGUGCGGAGUCUCCAGUCCAAGCUGGCGGAGCCAAGACCGGACUCCCGAUAUCGGCCACGGAAGCGACAACUUUGGGCAAUGUCAAGUCGUUGUGUGAUGCCAAUGCGUUCCAUGGCCGAGUUGCCGAAGUGCUCGUGUUUGACACUGUCCUUCCCAACGAUGCCCUCGAGGCAGUGCACUCGUAUUUGCACCAAAAGUGGGCCAUUCCCAGAGGCGUGCCCCGAGUCGCUCCACCCGAUCAAGGCAUGCACACGAUGUCAGACGACCCUGUGUCACCCGUGUCCGUCGAUGAGAGUCACCCUGACACUCCAAAGGAGGAAAGUACCCCACAGGACGAAUCCUCGUCUCUGCCGCCGCCAGCUCGAAAGAGCGGUGGAGGUCGUGAAUCGUUCAACCGAGACGACGUGUUCAAGUGGCAGCCGUCGUCGGAUGCGGAUCCAGCCCAAGUCGCGCUGUGGAAGGAAGCGGUGGCCGAGAAAAUCCGCAGCGUGGAGCGCUUUCAGUUUGGUGGCAAGAUCCUUCAUGACUUCAUCGACUCGCUCAAGACAGAGCUCAACGAUCUGCGCGACAACAUGUUUGGCUAACGGACGUCCCCAUAUAACGAAAUGUCUCUGUGGUUACAAUUGAGCGAAACCACCAAUUUUACUCGAAAUUGCGAUAAAUCGCG